AUGGCCAUCAGCUUCUUCUCUGUUCUUGAUUCUCUCAUCACCUAUUCCCACCCCCCUACACGCACACUCAUGGUACUCCGUCACGACAAUACCACCUGCAUCGACGCCGCCUGGUACCCGCAUCUUAUCGAGAAGAUCCUCACAAGUGCCUCACUCCGCGCUCUCAUUUCGUACCGGUGCACGUCGCGCGAGAACGAAAGCGAGGUAUAUCGGAUCCUCAAGAAGCAAGGAUGUCACAUGGUGCUUGCCAAGAAGAGGUUCAACACGUAUGAACUAGGAUUCCGAGACGGCAGCACAGUUCUCUACCCGCAAACCCCAUCGCUAGUAGAGGACCUUGUUGCCACGACUCGCCUUCUGGACCUCGAUGGCGAUGCGAUCCAGACCAACCUUGGCUCCCUCGCCAGCACGCUCACAGACCUCAAAGUUGUCCGAGUGGUCGACUACCAGCAUCCACCGAUGGGCGGGCCUCAGCUUCUUCCCUUCCACACCCCUACCUACAUCGUCUCGCUAAACACGUAUGGCAACGAGCUACACUUUUCGGACAGGAGGAAGACCCCAUUCCGCAACGGUCUGACCAAACUCGUGGUGGUCAUUCACACGGGAGGCAGCUACUCUGACGUACGCCUGUCGAACAAUCAAAGCUCGGUAUUCUAUUCGCCUCCCAACAGCUCGCUUGAGCACGUUGUGUUCAUCUUCACCGAGAUACCAGGGGCUUCGCGCAAGGAGGAGGUCGACUCACACUUCCUAGGCCGCAUGCAACUGUUCGCUUUGCUCGUCACGACCGCCAGACAUUACUGCCAGCGUCCAUCGCUCAAGAAGUUUAUCCUGGUUGGUCUUCCCUGCCUUGUCGACUGCCUGGUCAACCUGUCGCUCAUCCAAUCCGAUGACCACACACUCGACACGAGGGUGACUGCGUUCGUUGAAGACCUGGCCAGCCUAUGCAAGGAGCAUCCCGACGUCGUGCAGGUAUUGACUCCGGAAGAAUAUCGGGCCGAGGUCGGCGAGGGGCAGUAUGCGCUAGAGACCAUGGCAUAA